GAGCCUUUGGAGCUGGGACAUGUAUCAUGUAUGUUUAUCCAGCGAAGGUCAAACACUUCGAAGAAGAACAUCAAAACGGCAUCAUAAUCUGCGUUUUGUGAUCGUUUCUCUUUCCGAGUCCCUGUUCUUCACCAACCCCGACCCUCUAGUUUAAGUUCUUUUCGCAAUCACCUUUCGCCACUCGCCACUCGCACGCACACUUUUGAAUCUCCAGUUUCUCUUUCGUGCUAUCAAUCAAUCCACCAAAUCCUACGAGCUGUUGCAGGAACGGUGCCUCGUCGUUAGAAACACUCGGCGUGCUUCUGCUUGCACCUGAGAGGAGAAACAUAAAAGAUCAGCUUUUUAAAGAGUGUAAACUUUAAACACCCCAAGUUUUGCCAUGACCUUACUCUGUUGUCGAUACCAAUAAUUAGACUAAAUGGAGAAUGACUUGUGAGCAUGAUUUUGAAGGAGAACCCUGUAGGUACUGAGCUUGCAAUGAGUAAUAUCAAUGUGGAGGAGGAAAUAGAUUUUUCAUGUGAACCGUACAUUGGUUUGGAAUUUGACUCACCGGAUGAUGCACUCAAGUUCUACACGUCAUAUGCAAAUCGAGUUGGAUUUAAAGUUCGGAUUGGUCAGCUGUAUCGAUCAAGAUCAAAUGGGUCAGUUUCUUCUCGAAGAUAUGUGUGCUCAAAGGAGGGAUAUCAGCUCAGUUCGAGAACAGGUUGUCCAGCAUUCAUAAGAGUGCAAAUAAAUGCUUCUGGAAAGUGGGUUGUCGAUCAUUUCCAAAAGGAUCACAACCAUGAUCUUGAAAUUGAAAAUGGAAAUUGCACACCAACAGUGCAGCAGAAAGGUGCUGCAGCUUUCAAGUCCUUUACUGAAGUAUCCCGUAGGCCAAGGAAGAAAUUGCUCGAAUCCUGUAAUGAAUCUUCUGGUCCCAUGGGCAUUAUUGAUUUCAAGCGACUGAGAAAGGAAGAACUCGAAGGACAGUUCCGAACUGAACCAUAUGUAGGUCAAGAGUUUGGUUCACCCAAUGAAGCCUACCAAUUUUAUCAUGCAUAUGCAGCAUAUGUUGGUUUUGGAGUUCGAAUUGGUCAAUUAUUUCGUUCUAAGAAUGAUGGAUUGAUCACAUCCCGCCGAUUUGUGUGCUCAAAAGAAGGGUUCCAGCACCCUUCACGGGUUGGGUGCGGGGCCUAUUUGAGGAUUAAGAGACAGCCAUCGGGAAAGUGGGUGGUGGACCGUCUCCACAAAGAUCAUAAUCAUGAUUUGGGCUCUGAAAGGGAGGGUAGGCCAAAAAGUAUUCCUGAUUCCAAUAUUUUGGCUGAAGAGGUAGAUACUGGAUUCGUAAAUGGUGAUUUAUUUCGGAUAGACAACUAUCCUGUCCCCAGAGGAACUAGACAAAAUCACAUUAAAAGUGAUUGGUACAGCAUGCUUCUAGAGUAUUUUCAAUCAAGACAAGCACAAGAUACAGGAUUCUUUUAUGCUGUGGAAGUUGACAAUGGUAACUGUAUGAGCCUAUUUUGGGCUGAUGGCAGAUCUAGAUAUUCAUGUAGUCAGUUUGGUGAUGUCCUUGUUAUUGACACUUCCUACCGUAAGAGUGUCUAUUUGGUGCCGUUUGCCACCUUUAUUGGAGUUAACCAUCACAGGCAACCUGUGCUUCUUGGAAGUGCUUUGAUUGCUGAUGAAUCUGAAGAGUCUUUCGCUUGGUUAUUUCAGACAUGGCUGAGGGCAGCAUCUGGCCGGCAGCCUCUAUCGAUAAUUGCUGAUCAGGACAUUGCAAUCCAGAGGGCAAUAAGAAAAGUCUUUCCAAGAACCCAUCAUCGCUUUUCAUUGUGGCAAAUCAAGGCAAAGGAACAAGAGAAUUUGGGUAUAAUGGGUGAUGGAUUUACAAAAGAUUAUGACAAGUGCAUUUACCAGAGUCAGACAGUUGAUGAAUUUGACGCCACAUGGGCUGCCUUACUCAACAAAUAUGGACUGAAGGACAAUCCUUGGCUAAAAGAAAUGUAUGAGAAGCGGGCAUCCUGGGUUCCAUUAUAUUUAAGGGGCACGUUUUUUGCUGGCAUACCCAUGAAUGAAAGUGUUGAUUCAUUCUUUGGUGCAAUUUUAAAUGGCCAAACGUCUCUCGUGGAAUUUAUUCCAAGGUAUGAAAGAGGUCUUGAGCGACGCCGGGAGGAAGAAAGAAAUGAGGAUUUCAAUACUUCUAAUUUUCAACCAUUUUUGCAAACAAAGGAGCCAGUUGAAGAACAAUGUAGAAGGCUUUACACUCUUACCAUAUUCAAAGUACUUCAAAAAGAGCUUUUGCAGUGCUAUAGUUAUCUUGGGUUUAAAGCUUUUCAAGAAGGGAGCAUCAGCCGAUAUAUGGUGCGUAAGGGUGGAAAUGAUAUGGAGAAACACCAUAUAGUUACAUUUAAUGCAUCUAAUCUUAGCAUUAGUUGUAGCUGUCAGAUGUUUGAAUAUGAAGGUGUUCUUUGUAGACAUGCUUUGAGGGUUUUCCAGAUACUGGAAUUAAGAGAAGUUCCUUCUCGCUACAUCUUGCACAGAUGGACUAAAAAUGCUGAGGAUGGUGUUUUCCCUGAUUUAGAGUCAUGGAGUAGUUCUCAGGAACUCCGGAGUUUGAUGCUAUGGAGUCUAAGAGAAACUGCGGCUAAGUACAUAGAUGCAGGUGCAACAUCUAUUGAAAAGUAUAAACUUGCUUAUGAGAUUUUGCGUGAGGGUGGGAGAAAGCUUUGUUGGCACAGGUGAUGAAUACUUCUGUGAGGUUGUACAUAGUUGUAAGAUUGUUUCUUUUUUACCCUGAAGCCUUGAAUUGUUCAUUUGUGAUAUCAGUUUAGCUCUUCUAAUCAAUUAUAAACAUUUUGCGUC